AUGUUAGGCAGUUUUUUGACAAAAUAUCGGGGGAGUAGUAAAACACUUGGAAUGCUCACAAGGAAAGCACUUUACAAUACUCGAACCUCCCAAUUUAGCAACUUAUCAGUCUUCCAAAUCAGAACUUUCGCCAGUCGAAACAGGAGAGCAAAUAAAGCCCUUUCAAAAGAAGAAGUUUGGAAACAAUUCCAAAAGAAGAAGGAAAUACAAAAAGCAAAACAUGAUCCAACAGACAUCAGUAAAUUUAAAUAUAAGGAACAAAAGCAGGAGGUAAAUGAAUAUUUCACAGGCACUCCGCUCAAUUCCUUCAAAAACAUUUACAAAGACAACACAACAAAAGGUUUGGUAAAUAUAUUAAUUGCCUUCAUUAUUUGAAUGGGAACUUCGAAAUAUCUUGCUGAGUAUAUAUUCACGACUAAAUGGGAUCAAAGCAAGUCUCCAGACAGCCUAGAAUUAGUGAAACCAAUAAACCCAGAUACUCUCAGCCUAUUCAAAAAUACUUUCAUACGCCAAUGCAGGUAUUUCGUACAGAUCAUACGAGAACCUACUUCUCCAGAAAUAAUCAACGAAAUCUCCAGAAAAAUAUCUUCAAAGCAAGAACUCACAGAUGAAGAGAAGACCAUCCUCCAGAAUGAGGUUAAUUCAGCAAAGGUUCAUCCUGAUUUUAAGGUGUACAACAAAGUUUGAAAAGAUAUGCCCACACAUGAGCAUUCUUUACCAUUUUCUAUUGUCAAACUGGAAUUGGACAAGUUUGAUUCCAGCAAUAAAUCCCAUAAGAAACUGUUUGAAAGACAUUUCGGGAACUAUACAAUCGAAGAACUUCGAAAUUCAGACGCCCCAUACAUGAUAAUCGAUGAAUUUGGCAACAAACUCGCUCUCCCAGCUGAGGAGAUUGACAUAGAACUUUAUAAAAGAUUCUUGAAGGGCCCUCUCAGCUUUCCCAACCACAAUAAGUUAUUUGAAUAUAUGGAAGCAAACAAGAGGACAAACAAGCAUUAUUUCAUAAUCCCAGUUAAGAAGAUGGGCGCUUUUAGCAAAAAGUUUUCUCCUAGGCUCAAAAUCUUCAGAAAAUUCUUCACUGAGAACUCUGGAUACUUUCAUCCCCAAGUUGAGUUUAUUGAAGUUUAUGAUUUCCUCUCCAAAUACAGGCUUGGACUCAAAGAUGAGGAAGUUGUCUAUCAUUUUACUAAUGAUCUUGACCAGAUUUCAUGCCAAGGAGAGAAAUCAGAGUUUUAUACCUUGAAACUUAUUAAAAACAUGCACCAUCUCAGUACUGAAGAAGGCCUGAAAGCUAAAUAUGGCAAAGAUCUUCCAGCAAAGGAAAAUAUUGUAGACUAUGCCUACAAGAACCAUCGUAAUGAAAUGUUCCAGGACCUCGCUCAGUUCGUCGAAUCAUUUAUCUGAGAUUCGCAAAAUAUUAUAUACUCAUGUGACCAAAAUAUGCUAUCCUUCUACGCUAACCAUUUCUCAAAGAGAGGAGACCUCGUCUUGGUGGUCUACCUAGAUAGAAACAAAUUACUUGAUGAAAUGAAAGCAGAUGAAUAUAGGGAUAAAUUGUUAGACUUUAUCCAAACUCUUAAUGAAUUCAAAAAGAACAAUAAAGAUUAUGAAGCCAUGAAAAUAAUCAUUUCUGACUCUGAUAAUGCAUUACUAGCGUUUAAAAUACUUUCAAAAAGUGACUCGACAAUUGAGCUUCGACUUCACAGUUAUGAUACUUUCCUUAACCUCCAAAAUGCCUCACUUGUUUCAAGAUAUGAUCAAGAUGUUAACCAGAAAAUUGAGGAUCCUGAUGCUUUCACUUUCCUGAAACUAGGAAAAUCUAUUUCUCAGAGCCUUAAAGAAGAUUCAUCCCAAAUCUAUUCAAGUAUCAGCAAUUUCAUCCAUGAAUCUGUGGGUGAAAUUGAGGAUGCCAUCAGUAAAGGCAAAAUAGAGAAACCAAAAGCAUGUUACGAAAAUAGAGAUGAUGAUCCAAAAUAUAAAGACUCAAUUAUCCAGCCUUUAUCCUUUGAUUACGAGAAACAGCUUAAAACUUCAAAAAGAUAUAGCAUAAUCAAACUCUACAGUGAUUCCUGAAAAGGGUGAAAAUAUAUUGAAAAAGCAUAUGAACAACUAGCAGGAAGACAUCCAGAUAUCAAAUUUUAUGAAUUAAAUGCUUUGUCGCUAGAUUACUUCUCAAAUUCUAAAAAUACCUCCCUAGGAGAGACUCCUUUCAGGAGAACAGCCAAAAUACCAUCUUUUGUGAUUUACGAUAAAAAACAGAACAAGUUCAGCCAAAUCGAAUUCAGGCCUUAUCAUUUCACUGAUGUGCAAAAGAGUGAAAAAUCCAAAGCUCUCGAGUUGAAAACAAACGUGUUGGAUAAAAUGAUUCAGGAGUAUAUACAAUAA